ACGACUGACCUUAAAUCAGCCGCUAGCAACGUGCCCGAGCCCACCUUGACCCACUUAUGAGUGGGAACUGGGCUCGGUCUUGUCGAGCUCGGCUCCGAGGGGGCAUUAUGGUCGUUAGGGAAUUGCUCCUCAUGUUUUCCACACCGACGAAUCUGCAGGGAUCCCGGACCCUUCAAGAAACUAUGGGACACGUGGCGGUUUUUGAGUAAGCCUACCCCCUUCGCCUCUGUAUAUAAGCUUCUCGUGUUCCCGCACACACGCAAAGACGCAAAACACGCGCUGGAGUCUGAGCACUCGCCCCCGAUCCUCUCUCUGCCUGAGAAGCGAUGGGCACUUGCUCUUCGUGCGAGGCCGCCGUGGCGACGGCGCCGGCGCCGCUUAAAGCCUCCGGCUGCGGCACGGCUAAGCUGGUGCUGCCGGACGGCGACCUCGAGGAGUUCGCGUCGCCGGUGAAGGCGUCGUACUUGCUGCGGCGCGACCCCUCGUGCUUCAUCUGCCACUCGGACGACAUGGAGUUCGACGGCUUCGUCUCGGCGGUUGGCGCCGAGGAGGAGCUCCAACCCGGCCACCUCUACUUCGCGCUGCCGCUGAGCUCGCUCCGGCACCGGCUGAGGCCCGCGGAGCUGGCCGCGCUGGCAGCGAAGGCCACCGCGGCGCUCCGGCGGAAGGGCUACGCCGGGUUCGUGGCGGAUGACCGGGAGCCCGCCUGGGGCUCGGGGAGGGACGUCGGGGCCGUUGUAUAUGGUCGGAAUGCUCGGGGUAGGCUCGAUACCAUCGAGGAAGGGAGAGACUGACCGGCUGUCUGGGUGCACAGAUGUGCGAAUGGAGUCAUGGACUGAUGAGUGUUGAUGUAAACUAACAAUGGAAGCCAUGGAGCUUGCUGAAAUGUACCUCUCGAGUUCUUGUUUCUUCUUUUUCGCGACUAAUAUCACGGAAUAUGUCAUGAUCUCUGCAACUGCUUGGAAGGCGACUACUUUUGAACUGGAUAUGGAUGGGCCUACAGAGGCACGUGAUCCCAUUUUUGGUGUCCUUUGAGGAAGAAAAGUUUGGUGAUCAGCUCCAUGGGAAGUGGGUAGAUGGUCAAAGGAGGAAAGAAACACAGCUGGUGACAGGACAGGAGAGACAGUGGAUAAAUGCAGCAGACUGUUCUUGCAUCCUCAUCAAUAGCUGGUGUGACAAGGCCGUUUCUGCAUGAAUUUCCCAAAAGCAUAAUGCUGAUAAAAAUGUGUUAUUAAUGCUUGUUCAUAUUUCUUUGAAAAGGAAACGGAAGGCGAUCAAGAUUCUCACAUUCGAAAAGGGUUGGUGGAUCUGUGUUCUAUUUUUUAAAUACGGAUGUGGACAACUGUAACCAGAUGGAGACACAUAGACUCUUGUAAUGUUUGAAAAAAGUUUGAGGGGUUAGUAGCGCAUUGGGUGGCAAGAUGGUCCACAUUUUUAAGGACUUGGGUUUAAAUUAUGAUGCGGUAGCUGUAGCAUUUUUGUGUCUCCAAUUAAUAGUAAUACAAUCGAAAAUCAAGUUGAUAGUA